GCAAUUUUCGCUCAUUCCUAGCAGGCUUUGACAUUUUUAUCUCACACGUCAAAUUUUUUCGCUGUCUUGACUCACGAAGCUCUAUUUAACAAAAUUAUCCGGAAAUGUCUUCCAAAAUUUCCUGCAGUUCCGCCGACAGAAAUGCUCUUAUCGUCGAUGUCGUCGAAAGCUUGAUUCGCACAGUUCCGGAAAAAUCAACAGGUAAAAGCAAUGGCGACGAUUCCUAUCCAGCUGGUGCCGGCUCGUUCAAAAAGCCACAAAAUCCUGAAAUGAAUAAUCGGCGGAUUCUGAAGAUGAAACAACAGUUGGCCAAGCAGAACAAUUUUAUCACCGAGUUGAAGAAAAAGAUCCGCUCAAUGUCGGAGCUGUCUCCAAAGUCAAUAACAGAUCAUGAAGAGCUGGCAUUCCUAAAGAGCCGAUUGGAUAAGGAAAAUAGAGAUGCAAAGACUUUACUCGAGAGGCUGAUUCGAGAACAGAAAAUGGCGGAUUGUCCAGGUUGGGAGCAGAUCCGAUUAUGCAAUGAACCCCUGGACGAUGUCUGUCGCAAUCCAUGGAUGCUGGGGAACGUCUCCAUGCCAGAACAACGGUUUUCCUUUGAUUCUACUCUGUCCUCGUUGACUUCCGAUGCUCAAGUAGGUGCGGAAUCGACUUGUGACCUGGACGAAAGACUCAAGAAGGAGCUUAUGAAUCGUGAUCGAGUUAUCGAGAUUUUGCAAACUCGCGUUGACGCACUAACGGCAGACAUAAUGAAGGUGAAGAAAGACAACCACGCUAUUCUUGACAAAACUCCAAGGCAGACCAAAUUUUGCGAAGCGGACAUAUUUAAUCGGUUAAAGUUUUAUAAGGAAAAUACGGACGCGUUAGAAAGAAACUUGAAGCAGAUGGGUGCUGCACUUGAUGUGAUCCGGACGGAACUCGGCCCAGCGUUAACUGGUGAAUGCCAAGAAACAGUCGGUUGCAGUACUUUUGUUACACCGAGUGAAAAAAGUAAAACGUCUGGUGAAAUUAGGAGGUUAUCUUCUUCCUCAAAACAGGACGAUGACCAGUAUAAUACCCUUGUAAAAGAAUACGCCAAGAAGAAUGACGAAUGCAAGAAGUUGACUGACCGAUUAGCAAAAGCCUGUUCCUGUCGUAAUGAACCACCAGAACAGCUAGAAAUAGAUGUUCUCAAAAACAGAUGUUCGGAGCUGUUGGAUAGUCAGGAGGAAUUUCAAAUUCUUAUCAAGGAGCAAGGAAAUCAGAUGGAGGAAUACCGUUCCAAGUAUCUCGCUGCGCAACAAAAAGUCGAAGAGCAGAAACUUCAGAUGGACAAAAUGGACGUAACAAAUCGACGCAUCGAAGAACAAAUCAACAUCGAGGUGCACAGAAUCAAAACUAAAUUCCAAGACAAACUUCGACAGCUGACACCAUUUCCUCGUCUGUUAGAAGCUGAGGAACAGAAAGUCACCAAUCUCAAAGACACCAACGGAAAGCUUUUGGAUGAACUUAAGAAAUCUGCAAAAGAGAUACGAUGCCUUGAACAUCGUUUGCAUAACGCGCAUGCAUCGCAGAACACCGAACUGGAAAAGGCUUACAAUCUAACUCAAGUUGAAAUGGAACAGUUGCAAGCGAUGUUGCAUGAGGAAAAAGAGAAGAAAGCAAAACUGCAGACACAACUUGAUGCAGCCAAUAAAGAAAUGGAACAAACCAGAAAGGAAACGGCAAAGAUUAUUGCUCGAACCAAUGACCGAGCACAGGAAGAACGAAAAACGGUUCAGGAAAGAAUAAACAGCCUUGAGGUGGAAUUGUCCCAGUGUCGGGCAUCCGCCUCUGUCACUAUCAGCAACCGUGAGGAAGCACUGCGUGAAAUGCAAGGCCAGAUAGGGGUGCUAUCAGCUAGUCUAAACGAUGCCCAUCUACAGAUGGAUUCCCUGCGCAAUCAGCUUACGUUUUUGCAAAAUGAAAGAUAUGGUUCGCGAGCUUGAGAUUUCCGAUAUCAAUCAUUUUGGCCAAUAAACUGUGUUACAAUCAGUAUGUCUUA